AGCGAGGUCAGCAGGAACUUGAGCACAAAGGUUGGGUGAAUUUCAACAAAGCCUCUCUUCCUUUCGCCAUCCUGAGCUUGGUGAAUUCUCCCUACAAACGGGGUUUCUACUGUGAUGACACUUCCAUCCGCUAUCCGUACAAGUCGGACACCAUUACGCAUGGGGUGAUGGCCGGAGUGACCAUUUCUUGCACGGUUCUCAUAAUUUCAGCCGGCGAGGCGUACCUGGUCUACACAGAACGGUUGUACUCCCGCUCCCAGUUUAAUAAUUAUCUGGCUGCCCUGUACAAAGUUAUUGGGACAUUCCUGUUCGGCAGUGCGGUCAGCCAGUCGCUGACCGACUUGGCAAAGUACAUGAUCGGGCGUCUGCGGCCCAAUUUCCUGGCGGUCUGUGACCCUGACUGGACAAAAGUGAAUUGCUCGGUUUACGUCCAGGUGGAAGACGUGUGCCAGGGCAACCUCAGAGACAUCACAGAGUCCAGAUUAUCAUUCUAUUCUGGACAUUCUUCAUUUGGGAUGUACUGCAUGGUGUUUUUAGCGCUUUACGUCCAGGCCCGCCUGGUCGGCAGAUGGGCUCGGCUGCUGCGCCCGACGAUCCAGUUCUUCCUCUUCUCCUUCGCCAUCUACGUGGGCUACAGCCGCGUGUCGGACUACAAGCACCACUGGAGCGAUGUGCUGGUUGGCCUCCUGCAGGGAGCACUCAUCGCCGUCCUCACUGUCCGCUACGUCUCCGACUUCUUCAAGCCGAGACCGCUGGCACCGUGCACCGAAAAGGAACUUGGGCGUAAACCCAGCAUCCCCCUGCCGCUGAGUGAGUCAGAGUGUAACCACUGCAACUACCGGGUUCCUGCGUGAACGGGGCAAUUUUGAAUUGUUCUGAUCUGAGCGGCAAACACAUACCCGGCUUUUAGCUGGCGGCUCUUGCUCCCCGCCUUGCUACGUGCCUUUUGGACUUGUCCGACGAGGAGGAAACACAGCAGGACAUUUUUCAUGUUGUUGUUCUUUUGUACUUGUUUUUAAACCAUGGUUUUGUACGAUGCCCGAUGCUACUGCACCACGCGUUUGUCACUUGGGAAUGCCCGCCUCACCGCCCCGUAAGCCAAGGUCCAGGAGAGAAUCCGAACGUUUUCCCACGUUGGGUCUGUGGUUAAGGACCUUCUGGACACACCCUCCCCUUGUGGGGUAAAUAGCCCCCCUGUUUAAUGUCCUCUUUUGGUUUGAACUUCGCUCUUGCACCUUUAAUACCAGCUUGCUUUGCAAACGUUAGUGGGUAUCUGAUCAUUUUCUCUCCCCAGAACCGUGGAAGGACUCACCCGUGGCCAAGUGAAGAUCCAAAAGUAGGUAGGGUGUUUUUAGCACCCUUUGUUUUCAUUUUCCUGGUAUGUGGGUACCCUUCUUAGGAGCCCAAUGGGGAUCCAUUGGGGGGCCCGUGCCAGGAUGCAGACAAACCCUCUGAAAUGAGGUUUCAUCUGGGAGAACUCCCAGCCAGUUGCUCUGUAGGAAGCAAAUUGUGGUCCUUGUCUUAAAAUGGAGUGCGGUGGGGGAUACCGGAAGAAACUCUGGGAUUGGAUGUGAAUGAUGAUGAUUAAACUGCUAAACGGGGGGUCCUACCUCUCCGAUACCAACCAAAGUUUCUGUACCGGUGGAUUUUUGUUUUCCAGUUGGUAAAAUUGAGAAAAAUUCAAUAAAUCGAAAUGGACUUUUUAAGUAA